CUAGUUCCAGAUGAAAUAUCCAAGCCAAAGUUUGGCAAGAACCGGCUGUGACGUCACAGGUUGGCCACCCCGUGCUGGAAGGUGGUGAAACUGUAGGCAAGGAAACAUGCCAGUUCCAGGCCGCAUACUCGAAUGCCGCAUCGUACUUCCCAUGACUGUGGAAGAGUACCAUACAGCACAGUUAUGGUCUGUUGCGGAAGCCAGCAAGAAUGAAACUGGUGGUGGGGAUGGCUUGGAGGUUUUAGUCAAUACUCCUUUUGAUGAAGACAGUGAUCCUGAGAUACAGCCCCCUGAACAGCUGGAGGCUGGUGGAAAGGUGUACACAAGAGGACAGUAUACUCACAAAAAGUACCACUUGCAGAGUAAGGUUCCAGCAUGGGUACGAGCUCUGGCACCUAAAGGUUCUCUAGAGAUGGAAGAGAAGGCCUGGAAUGCAUAUCCAUACUGUAGAACUGUCAUUUCUAACCCAGAUUACAUGAAAGAUGGAUUUUACAUCAUCAUUGAGUCUUUCCAUGCUCAGGACAGAGGGGAGCAAGAAAAUGUUCAUCAACUUACUCCAGAGGAAUUAGCAGUCCGUGAGGUACACAGAAUUGACAUAGUCAACUCUAAAGUGCAGCCUAGUGACUACAGAGCUGAAUGGGAUCCAGCUUUGUUCAAGUCUGAAAAGACAGGUCGAGGGCCGCUGCGUAAAGACAAGGAUUUUAAGGAUGAUAACCGGGCAUUUGGGAGCUGGGUGAAAGACACAGAGCCUGCCAUGUGCUGCUACAAACUGGUGCGGGUGCUCUUCAAGUGGUGGGGUCUACAAAAUAAAGUGGAAAAAUUCAUCCUACGGCAAGAGCGACGCCUUUUCACAAACUUUCACCGUCAGGUGUUCUGCUGGAUAGACAAAUGGUAUGGCCUGACUAUGGAAGAUAUCCGUGCCAUUGAGGAGAAGACCAAGGCAGAACUUGACGAGCAAAGGUCAAAGGGCCCAGUGAGAGGAACAGUAGCUACAAAAGAUGAUAAAGAUGAAUAAUAGCAGGACCUCCCAGUGAACACUUCCAUGUACAUGAGUGCAGACUACCGCCUGCAUACGUCAUACUGUUUGCAUCACAGAUGUUACAACUCCAAUCAUGAUAGACUCACUUCAGUUGCCCACUGGCUCUUCAUCAGCUGUAGCCUUCAUGAGCAAGUCUGGGGACUGGUGUCUGCUUAGUUGACAGUAGUACAAGUGCCAGGAGGAUAGCAAGGGAAGUGGUUUAGAAGGAAAGCAGGAGCCUCUAAGUGUGGUGUUCCUGUCAUUUUCUUGGUGAACUGGACUCAUUUCAAGCUUGGUGUGUGGAAUGGAACAGCCAUUGCUGUGUCUUUCACAAAUGUGUAUUUUCUUGAGUCAUGUUAGCGCAGCUUUCCAGCAUACAGCUGUUUGCAGGUCAAAUCUUCUUGCAGAUAUCUUGGUUGAAACGUCAGUGGCAAAUGAUUUUUUUUUCCCUUUUGUACUUUUUUUUGGGGGGAGGGGGAGAUAAAGAGGGUGGGAAUACAUUUUGCUUUUGCUUGAUAAUGCUUGAGCUUGAUGUGGGUGAUUUCAGUAACAAAUCUAGAUGCUGAUUUGAUUUGCAUUGUAAACUUUUGCUGCUUUUUCUAUUUGCACUUCUCCAUUGCUAAAUCCAUCUUCUAACAAACCCCAAGAGAGCUACUUAAAAUAAUGGUAGGUAAAUGUCUCGUCAAAUCAAGGUUGUCAUCAUAGUACAAGAUUUUAAACAUUAUUUCUGGUUCCUGGUACAGUCAUGCUUUUACUCUUCACUCUAGUUUUUGCAUUACUCUUGUAUCACUUCCACUUGUUUUCUAAGCACUUUUUUGUUUGACUUGCAGAUCACAUCCCUCCACUUGUAGUGAAAUAUUUAAAUGUACAUUCUGAUUGAAACUUUAGCUUUUUUCACAUUUCACACUUCUUUUAUCUUUAAUCUAUAAGUUUUUUUUUUUAAUCUGAUCAUGAGUGUGGUUUAAAAUUAUGGCCUUGGAAUUUUAAAAACGUAGAGCCUAGCAUUUUGACAGGCAUACUUAGCUGUCACUAAUAUGCAGAUAAGGAGAUGACACUAACAGAUCAAAUUUCCAGUAGUAAUUGAUAAACCAAUAAGUGGAGUACCAACUUCGUUUCACUUGACAGUAAACUGAAUUACCUCUGUGACAGGCCUCAUUCUCAUGCAGACAUGUUAAAGAAACAGAGAAAUGUGAUGUUUGGAAAGUUUCACAUUUUCAGAGACAAACUGCUUGGGGAGUUGGGGGGGGGGAACUGCACGUCAAGUUGGCUUUUUCAUUUUUCAGAUGAUCUCAUAGUUUGUGAUGCCUGCCUACUUAUGUUUUGCUUUGUAGGCCCUAACCCAAUGCUAGAACUAUGUUGCCACUUAUUUAAAGUGGGGCUAUCACUUUUUGUCUUGCUUCCUUCAUUAUGUUUAGAGUUUUAUGCAAGGACUAGGAGUUUGGAGAAUCAUUAUUUGAAUGAUAGAACCAUCUGUGACACUUCACAAAACUAGCUGUAACAAGGGACAGGCAAAUAGUAUCCAGCUUAAAAGCAUCUUUCAAAAGCUGCAGAUAAUCUCAUUUAAAUUGAGAAAUGUAUUACAGAUUUAUUGAUAACUGAAUGAGUCAUACCUUUGUCAAAUCUUGACUUACAUUUGUCACCUCAUGGACAGCAAACUUUUACUGUUUGCUUGAUAGUUGUUGAAAUAAUUGUAGUAAAGUGAGAUGAUAUUUAAAGAUAUAUACAUGGUGUUAGAGCUGUGUAAAUGGGUUGUGUGACAUCAUAAUGAACUUGUUUUAAAAAAAGAUAUGUUCCACAUUAAAGGUAAAAUAGUAAAAUACUCCUCGUUUCAUGCUUUUUUUUAAAAAAGAGGACUAAUUUAUCAGAAUGCAACAGAACUUGUGCGUUUUCUUCAAUAUGAAAUUUGUUGCCAUAAUAACUUGAAGCCAAGUUUUCAUAAAGAAAACUAGCAUAAAGUUAGUUUUCUUCUUAUAAUGCAGAAAGGUCUGUUAUAAACCCUAACCACAGGUCAUAAAUCCUUUUUAACUGAAUAAGAGAAGGUUGUGCAGCUCAUUAAAGUUUGGCUAUGACUAUUUAUAAAAUUUCAUCAAUAACAUUUGAUUGAAAAAUAAAUUGGUGUCUAAUAUCAACUUAACCUAAACAACAAGUUUGCCAGCGAUGUUUAACUAUAAGCACUGAGGGUUUGUCGCCAUGAUAGUUGAUGGGUAAUAAGCGAGUGAAGUCAGUGCAAGCAUGAAGAAUGCAAAAACCUGUGAGUGAUUGAUCCUAGCAACAUUGUACUCAUUUACAGGCUUUUCUUUUUACUGAUAAUCAUGUUGAUAAUGGGAUACAGUUGUCAUUUCUGCAGUGAAUUUAAUUUUAUCAUAAAGCAGAAAAUUGUUCCAUUAAUGGCAUAUUUAUAAAGUGUCUCUUCUGUAACCAUGUUGUGACAUGCUAGCUUGUGAUUGUUAGCCCUUCUUUACCACAGCAGAGUAGUCCCUUUGCCAUAGGAUGGUCAGUGGCAACCACAAAAUGGCAUUCAUGGUCAUUUUCUGACAAAGUUCUGCUAUACCAGAUGCUCUUGUUGCCAAUUAUUUUUCCACUCCAUUUAUGUCAUUUGAUGCAAAGAUGAUCUUCUCUAGAGUGACUUAUCUUUAUUUGCAGUGUUGUUUGGUUUUGAAUUUUAAUUUGAUGUAUCUAGCAAGCUUGACUAGUUCGCUUUAUCUGUUGUAUCACUUUGUACCAUCUGUGAAUGCAACUCAUCCACAUCAUGUGAUGAUGCUUCCUGUAUGUAAGAUUGAUUCGUGGUUAGGCAAGCAAAAACCCAAGCUACAACCAAGUGGAAAAAUAUCGUUUGUCUAUAUUUUAUUACAAUAUUAAGGUCUGACUGCGUUUGUGUGUUUUCCAUAGAUUUUGUCCGUAAACAACCAAAUUUUACCUUUUUUGGGGGUCAGCAUAAACCAAUCAUUUCCUGUCUUCAUGAUGCUACAGUUUAGCCCUAUCUUUAUUUUCUUUCUAGGUAGCUACAGAGUUCAUUCAUGCUGUCGGUCACACUAUUACAUUACUGGAUUAAAACCAAUAGAAUUGUGUAAUAAAUUUUGAGUUUUUAUGUUUAAUUACAUAUUACUGAAUUAUUGUGAAGGAGGGUGCAUAUGCAAGUGGUGGGUAGCAUGCAUAUGGUCGUGCAAACAAGUAACAGGUAAUGCAGUAUCUGCUCACAUGAGAUAUGGGCUGCAUGCAAGGACAAAUAAACUGUCACAUUCUUGUAAUUUU